AUGUUUUCACUUAACAUCAUUAUAACUUGCUACUUCAAAGUCCAAUGUCUAUUUUACCACUUUUUUCCAGUCAAUUCUCUUAUGUCAACUUUGAAGAAGCGAUUGAGUGGAAAUUUCGGCGAGGAAUCAAGUAGUAUUGGAGCCUGCGCUACUCCACGGACUCUCGAAUGUGGUUCAAAGCUAGUUACCGUGGUGGCAAAGGGCUCCAAAACUGUUCUACAGAUGCCUCGAGGAAAUAUUGAAGAUAUUCAUCCCAGAGCUCUGGUGUUCAAUCAACUUACACCUGCCUUUGAUGAACUUCGCCACGCGGAAGUGAUUGAGAUAAUGAGACGCCAUCGUAUCAACUUCAACCUUCUUUACGAUUAUUGUCCUCGUAAAUUCCUCUCGAACAUUAACAACUUUGUGAAUUCAAUCUCAUCUCCCGACCAUAUCACACUCCUGGUUUCUGAUUUAAGUAAUUUUAUUACGUUGCUCUCUCUUUUAGUG